AUAGUCUAUAGACACACAAAGGCACACGAAUUAAAGUUAGACAUUAAUUAUUUCAUCUAAAGGAAGUUUACAUUUGUGUUGCUAGUAACUCCUCCAUCUUCUCAAAGUCACACAAUAUGACGAUUGUGGAAUUGAGAGUGCACUUGGAUUGUCAAGGAUGCGAAAGCAAAAUAAGGAAAGCUCUCAAGAAACUUCGUGGAGUGGACAACAUUGACAUAGACAUGAACAUGCAAAAGGUGACAGUAACAGGAUGGGCAGAUCAGAAAAAAAUCCUCAAAACAGUGAGAAAAACUGGAAAGAGAGCUGAACUAUGGCCAUAUCCAUACAAUCCUGAAUACCAUAACUAUAUGCACCAUUAUUAUUAUGAUACAUUCUACAACAGGCCGGGCACUUACUAUGCCCCGCCUUCUUCCUACAACUACCGCGUGCAUGGCUACAGUGGCCAUGCUCACGGGUCCUAUGCAGAGCUACCUUACAAUACCAUUUUCGAUGAACGAACCAGGCACAUGUUUAGUGAUGACAACGCAACUGGUUGUUCUAUAAUGUGAUUUAAGCUACAAGUAAAUAUGCUUAUUAGGGGGUUUGCAGUUCUCUUUUUCUCUCUACUUUUCCCUAUAUAUAUGUUUCAUUUGCUACAAAUGAAAUCAGAAUCAAGGUGUACUAUAUCUGUACUGUUCUUUUGCUUGCAUGUAA